AUGGUGCUGAAGAGGAAAAAUAAUAAAAAUUUUCCCUAAAAAAUUUUCUUAGUAACCAAACAGGGUUUAGCCACCUGACACCUUUUCUUGCACUUUGUUUUCGUCUCAAUGGAAGUGUCCGGCGGAAAGCAAAAUGGGGAUCACAAAUAUAGCAAUGGGUGCUGCGUGGAGAAGGAUCCAUUGAAGUGGGGUUUAGCGGCGGAGGCAUUGAAUGGCAGCCAUGUAGAGGAGGUGAAGAAAAUGGUUAGGGAAUAUAGGAGGGCGGUCGUUCGACUUGGGGGGGAGACGCUAACUGUCGGACAGGUGGCGGCGGUGGCGAGUGGAGGCGGCAAUGGAGUGGCGGUGGAGUUAUGCGAGUCAGCUAGGGAUGGUGUGAAGGCAAGCAGUGAUUGGGUAAUUGAGAGUAUGAAUAAAGGGACAGAUAGUUAUGGGGUCACUACAGGGUUCGGUGCUACUUCCCAUAGAAGAACCAAGCAAGGAGCCGCGCUGCAGCAGGAGCUUAUUAGGUUCUUGAAUGCCGGAAUCUUUGGCAAAGGAGCAGAAUCAGGCCAUACAUUGCCGCGAACAGCAACAAGGGCAGCCAUGCUUGUGAGAAUCAAUACUCUCCUCCAGGGUUACUCCGGCAUCAGGUUUGAGAUCCUAGAAGCCCUAACAAAGCUCAUUAAUCACAACAUCACUCCAUGCUUGCCUCUGCGCGGCUCAAUAACUGCCUCUGGCGACUUAGUCCCCUUUUCAUACAUAGCCGGACUCCUAACUGGCAGACCCAAUUCCACCGCAGUAGGGCCUAACGGAGAAACCCUUGAUGCCGGAGAAGCCUUUCGCCUGGCUGGUAUCGCCGGCGGGUUCUUUGAGUUGCAGCCUAAGGAGGGUCUUGCUAUUGUUAAUGGCACUGGAGUUGGUGCUGGCUUGGCAUCUAUUGUACUUUUUGAUGCUAAUGUAUUGGCUCUUUUAUCAGAAGUUUUAUCAGCUAUUUUUGCUGAAGUUAUGCAAGGGAAACCUGAGUUUACAGAUCAUUUGACGCAUAAAUUGAAGCAUCAUCCUGGGCAGAUUGAGGCUGCAGCUAUUAUGGAACACAUUUUGGAUGGAAGUUCAUAUGUUCAAGAAGCAAAGAAGUUGCAUGAGAUGGAUCCUUUGCAGAAGCCUAAGCAGGAUCGGUAUGCUCUUCGUACAUCACCACAAUGGUUAGGCCCACAAAUUGAAGUGAUUCGAUUCUCAACCAAGUCCAUUGAAAGAGAGAUUAAUUCUGUGAAUGAUAAUCCACUGAUUGAUGUCUCAAGGAACAAAGCCUUGCAUGGAGGAAACUUCCAGGGGACCCCAAUUGGUGUCUCAAUGGACAACGCUAGAUUGGCAUUAGCUUCAAUUGGGAAACUCAUGUUUGCUCAAUUCUCUGAGCUUGUUAAUGAUUUUUACAAUAAUGGGUUGCCUUCAAAUCUCACAGGAGGAAGGAAUCCUAGCUUGGAUUAUGGUUUCAAGGGUGCUGAGAUUGCCAUGGCAGCCUAUUGCUCUGAGCUUCAAUACCUUGCAAAUCCUGUCACAAACCAUGUUCACAGUGCUGAGCAGCACAAUCAAGAUGUGAACUCAUUAGGGUUGAUUUCUUCGAGAAAAACAGCAGAAGCAGUUGAUAUCUUAAAGCUCAUGUCCUCAACUUUCUUGGUUGCACUUUGCCAGGCUAUAGAUUUAAGGCAUUUAGAAGAGAAUUUGAAGAGUACAGUUAAGAACACAGUGAGCCAAGUGGCUAAGAAGAUUCUAAACAUGGUAGUUAAUGGUGAGCGUCAUCCUUCAAGAUUCCGUGAGAAAGAUCUGCUUAGAGUAGUCGAUUGCGAGCAAGUCUUUGCAUACAUUGAUGAUCCAUGUAACUCAACUUACCCAUUAAUGCAGAAGCUGAGACAAGUCAUUGUGGAUCAUGCAUUAACAAACAAUGAUUAUAUGAACAAUAUGCAUGCUUCAAUCUUCCUCAAGAUAGGUGCUUUCGAAGACGAACUGAAGUCAGUCUUGCCAGAAGAAGUAGAAGCUGCAAGAAUUGCUUGUGAGAGUGGGAAUCCUGCAGUCCCAAACAGAAUCAAAGAGUGCAGGUCUUAUCCACUGUACAAGUUCGUGAGAGAAGCUUUGGGGACUGAACUUCUGACAGGAGAGAAGCUGAGGUCUCCUGGUGAGGAAUUUGAAAAGUUGUUUACAGCAAUUUGUGAAGGAAAGAUCAUUGAUCCUCUUCUUGAAUGUCUAAAGGAUUGGGAUGGCACACCUCUGCCAAUCUGUUAGCAGUUUUUUUUUUUCUUCUGCAAAUCUUGUUGCUUUCAGUUUUAGUGUGAUUUUGGUACUAAGUGCUGUAAUAGCAUUCUGCAUUUCCUCAUUUCUAUAUUUAAACUGAUAGUAUGUGUACAGCAAGGAGUGUAAUUCAAGAUGUCACUUUGGUUCCAUUGCAGUAGUUCCUUUUUAAAUAAUAAAAUUUUAAUGCAUUGUGUCAUUCUGUAA